AGUGUCAGAGUGCAGGGUGGGGGGUGGGGUGGGGAUCCCACCAUGGAAGGCCUCACCGCCUUCAGCAGUGAGGAGGAGGUCCUGGAUGGGUACCAGGUCCUCAGGGUCCUCGGCCAGGGCGGUUUUGGGCUGGUGAUGCUGGCCUAUCAUUGGGAAAGCAGGACCCAGGUGGCUGUGAAGGUUGUGGAGAAUGGUGGCCAGCACUCCUGCAGCUUCCAGCAGUUGUGCACAGAAGCAGAAAUAAUGAAGGGGCUGCAUCACCCUCACAUCAUUCAACUACUGCAGGUCAGGCACUACCACAGAGAGGGGCUACAUUUUCAUGGAAUACGCAGUCAGGGGGGACCUUAGAUGUUACAUGGUAGAACGAGGGUACCUACUGGAUGGAGAGAUUCGUCAGCUAUUUAAACAAAUUCUAUCCGCUGUGCAUUACUGCCAUUCGCAGCACGUGGUGCACAGGGAUUUAAAGUUAGAAAACCUGCUUCUCGACGCCCACCUAAACAUUAAGUUGAGCGAUUUUGGUCUCAGCUGCAAACUGGCUGGUGGAGAGCGCCUGAAGAAUCUGUGCGGGACCUUUGCCUACUGUGCGCCCGAGGAAUUCUUAGGUGAGGAGUUCUGCGGGUACAAGGCUGAUGGCUGGAGUGUGGGCGUGAUCCUGUACGCCAUGGUGGCAGGCUCACUGCCUUUUGUUGGAGAGGAUUUUGUGGAGCUGCGGGCAGCCAUCCUGUCUGGAUACUACAGAAUCCCCCACUAUGGAAACCCAGAGCUGUGUAACCUGGUGGACAGCUUACUGACCCAGGACCCUGAGGCCAGGCCCACAGUGGCAGACAUCAUGGGCCACCCAUGGCUCCAUGCAGGACAUGGAGCAGCUGGAACCAGUGACGAGUUUCUGUUUCUUCCACAGGAGCAGGAAGGAUGGGAAUUCCCAUGGGGCCUCUGCCCUCCACUGUGGCUUCAUGAAUGGGAUGACCCCUUGCCCCCUGUGCCACGCUGGGGGAUCUCCCAACAGCAGGGCUUCAGCAUCCCAGAAAUACAUGGGCAGGGCCAAGUGGAGCCUGCAGUACCUGCUCAGGGUCCUGAAGCUCUAAGCUCCCUUGAGGACCUGGGAUGCCAGCUGGGCCAUCAAGCAGGCUCCCUGCCACCCAGGCUCCCAGCCAGUGCCUUGUGCCCAGGACUUCAGCAGGAUCACAGCAAAGGGAAGCCCAUGCCUCAGGCCAUCCCCGGUGCUCAGAGCUGUCCCAUUCUCCAGUGCCUCCAGGGACACUCAGGCUGCAACAGCAGAGCCCGUGAGUGUGCUGCUCUCAGCUCCCAACCACUGGUGCUUGCAGAAGGCCAGUCGGGGCAGACUCCUUGCCAUGGGACUCCCAGUGUGAGCAGCAGUGAGUCCUGCAGGACAGACAGGUCCCAACGGGCCGUGUGGACAAGGAGCCCCGCUGCCUGUGCAGUCCUCAGCCAGGAUGCUCUGUCCUCUCUUUCCACCACACUGAGCACCAACAGCAGUGAGGCUGAUGUAGAAGUCAGGAGCGGCUCCCAGGGUGCCUCAGAGGAACAGAGCAUCCCAGGAAUGCAGCAGCAGGAGGAGGAGGCAGGGACCUCAGACACGCAGGCCAGAAAGGGCAAGGGUCGCCUGGGGAUUGGCAGGAGGAUCAUCCAAUGCUUCAGCUGGAUGUGUUGUGUCCUGCCAGCCCCAGAGGAAAGCCCUUGAGUGCAGAGAGGAAAGUGGCCUCUUAGUAGCCUCUUGGGAAAUGCCCCCGAGGAGGGGCCCUUCCCUGAGGAGUGAAGCAAUGAAGGGAUAGUCAUGGACUCCUGUCUGGGAGGAGGGCAGAUGAGGAGGCAGUAAGAGAAACUGCAGGCAGAGAGGGAAGAUAUUGUUGCAUUUUUCAGAUGGCCAUAAGGAAACAUGUUUGCAUGGUUAGGGGUCAUGACCUUUUCCUAAGAUAGAAGAACAUGGUGUUGGAUUUUGUUUAGAAGAUUAAUCCAUGAACAUCACUCCCUAGUUAAACUUCCUGUACGCAGGCUUUAUUUGACCCCUCCCUUAGUCCCCCUUCUGGCUGGCAGGGGUGUCAUUUUCUCACAAAAACCUACUUUUGCUUUUUCUCCCUCACCCUCAUGAUCCGUGUUGGGAUUAUGUGAGAGAACGAAUGGACUUGAACUUCCCGCAGCAUCGUUGGUGCCUGACGUGGAUGGACUCAGCUCCAUGGGAAAGGUGAGUAAGGCAGACUGCUUCUCUGGUGUUUGGAAAACCCCUGAUCUUCUACAUACUCAUUUAUCUUUUAGAUUCCCCAGGUCUCUGAGCCAGUUCAAAGCGAUUGGUGUGGGAUGCUGGUUGUAAGAUACAGGGCCCACGUUGGAUGACACUCUUUGUCCUCCUCCCACUUUAUUCUGCCUUUGAUAAUUGCCUGCAUUCUGUGCUCAGGUGGCUCUCUACCCUGGGAAUUCUUCUCACCCUGAGUUUCUUUCUCCAAGCCCAAGUUCCCAGGUCCCCGGAUGAGAAACUCCUGCGACACUUAGAGCUCCUAGAUCUGAACUGAGGAGCCUGCAUUGCAGACCGAGGUGGCCUCCCAUUGAGCUGUCUUCCUGUGUGCCCCAAAGAACUCAGGACCCACAUGUCUGGGAAGAAGUCACCUGGCACCUUAACUCGUGCCCAUGCUUUCUGUUUCCUGCCCAGGGUUUUCUUUGGCAAACAACAUGUUGGAAGUCA